AUGGGCCCUGAAAACCAUAAUGAUGACGCCGAAAACGGCGCGCUACUUGAUGAACAGCCUGCCUGGCAGUACGAAGAGAGAGAUGAUGGACCUGAAGCAUCUACACCCGGGGGAUCGGAUAUGCAUGUGCAGUCUGGGUCAUCAGACGCGGGAGAUAGUCAAUCUCCUCUCCCAGUCUGGCUGCGCGAGUCAUCAAAGUCUUUUCACUGGAGAUGGGUGCCUGUCCGCGUUCGACAAGCUGCUCGAGCGGUCGUAGCCUGGUCUAAAGGGCCUGAUCCGCCUCAAUUACAGAAGAUCACGCCCUUCUUCCCGUGGAUACAAGAAUCACUGGCAAGGUUCAUUGCUAAUCACCUACCGAAGCAAAGACAUAAGGCUGCUCUACUAGCCUUUUUCUACUUCUGCUGGCUCUUGACCUUCAUUCUGGUGCUCAACCACUCUGCACAAGCUGGCAACAUCGAAGGUUACGGCAAACCGCAACCGAUCUGGUGCGGAGCAAGCUUCUGGAAUCCCGGUAACAGCUGUGGCUUGAACGGAAACAGAUGUCGCCCUUUUGACAAUGCUACCCUCGCCUUUAGAUGUCCUGCCAAUUGUAAGGCUGUGAAGGUGCUAAACCCACAUGCGGUGGGUGACCAGGAGAUUAACUACCAGCCGUAUGUGAUUGGCGGACCAACAAGGAGAAAAGAGAACUUCACUAUUCCAGACACUGUCUAUCGCGGUGACUCGUUUAUAUGUCAAGCAGCCAUACAUGCGGGUCUCGUUGGCAAUGAUAAUGGUGGGUGUGGUGUCGCUCUUCUCUCCGGCCCGCAAAGUAAUUUCACAUCCACAAAACGGCAUGGGAUUCAGAGCAUUGGAUUUGAUUCAAGCUUUCCAAAAUCCUUUACGUUCAUCUCCGGACUCUCAUCGCAGUGCGUAAGGGACCUGCGUUGGCCGCUCCUCGCCGUCACUUGCGGGUUCACUACCAUCCUAUCCCUCUGCACGACUUCCCCGCCUGUCUUCUUCUGCUCGAUAUUCACCAUGCUCUUUUUCCACGUCGGACUUGUCUCAGAUCCGCCAAACCACUCUGAUUAUGCCUCGCUCACGUCACUUGUCAUUGGCCGUUUUCUACCAGCAGCGUUCGUGGCAUUCGUCAUAUACCGCUUUUCCGUCAAACCCCAACAGACGGGCCUGACAGCCAACAUCGAGAGAACAGUCCUGUGGCUUGGUGGAGCGUGGGUGGGCGGUCUCAACAACUACACAUUCGCCUUCAUUCCUCUACAACGCCUAACUCCACACGACCUCAAAGUGCAGGCUGGAGCAAAACUUGCUUUGGUCCUGGUCGUACUCCUAAUUUUUACCAUUGCGCUUGGCCAGGUCUGGUAUCUCCGGCUCGAAGGACGCUUCCCUCGCUACCUAGCCAUCUACUCCAUUUUCGUGGCUUUCCUACUCCUCUGUGUCGCUCUACCUCCUCUCAAUCUUCGCAUUCAUCACUAUGUACUGGCCCUCCUACUGCUGCCGGGUACGCGUCCGCAGACAAGGCCAGGCUUGCUCUAUCAGGGUAUUCUCGUAGGCUUGUUCAUCAACGGCGUCGCUCGCUGGGGUUUUGAUUCCAUAUUGCAGACAACGGUGGAUCUACGUGGGGACGGACAGUUGGGUUCGCUUCUGCCGGACAUCACAGCGCCAGUACUUGGUUCAUCCAACAUCACUUUCUUAUGGAGCCGGCCCCCGCAUCCGUAUGAUGGUGUCAGCGUGCUUGUGAAUGAUGUCGAAAGGCAUCGGUGGUACUAUGGCGAAGGAGACCCUUCGCAUACGUUCUACAGGAACGAUGAGAUGGAGAAAGAGUACUUCAGGUUUGGAUACAUGAGUGGAAGCGAGACCGGGGAUUUUACCAAAGCAGGCGUAUGGGAAACAGACGGCGGUUUCAAGGAGAUGGAGCCGGGGCCAAGUAAAUAA